UGACUCAGUUUUUAAGACAAGCUACGAAAGGCCGCGCUACCAGCGUUAGCGGUCCCGGUGUACUUCGGUGAUUUUAAAAUGGCACCUUUCUGACCUGCAAAACGAUUUUGCUUCCUGACAUUCACUUUAUUCAUCCAUUAGCAUGUGGAAGAGAAUGUUUUAAUUCUCACAAUAUUCAGUAAAGUAUAAGGUGACAACCUAGAUCAGCUAAAUUACGUUCAUCUAUUCAGUGUACUGUCAAAGCGAAAAAGUGAUAACUAUUCUUUGGACUGAAUCCUGAAUUUGUCUUGUUGGUCAAAUGAUUAAAGAUGGGAGAACCGAGACCCAGAGUGGUGAAAUAACAUGCCCAAAAUCCCAUGGCUAGGCUAAGAGGUGGAAGAGCUGGGAUUCAAACCCAGUCUGGCUCCAGAGGCUCCAGUUGGUUGAAUCUGCAGAUGUGGAACCCAUAUAUACGGCAAGGUGGUGAUAUAUUAUUUGAAAAUUGUGUAAAGUUAAAGAUGAGAUAAGAGCAAGCACAGGUGUUGGCAGGCAGACCCCUGGGACCCAUGUUAUACUUGAGAUCUUGAUUACAUCUUACAGCACCACUUGUAUCAGUCACUAUGGAGAACGCAUAGAAACUGCAGAAAUGGUUUCUAACUUCAAGAAACCAUGAGUAGAUCUCAAGUUCACAUUUUUUGGGGUGCUCCAAUUAGUCCACUAGAAAUGACAGUAUCACAGGAACCAGCUUCUUUAGUGUCUACUGCUGACCCCUGGAAAGAAAUUCAGCUUCUGUACAAUCACCAUUCCUUACAUCUGAAGGAUGAAAAACGCAGGCACAAAAAUAUUGAGGACUGUCAGACCCCGGAACCUCUGGGCCUUCCAGAUCUACUUCAUGGUCAUUUUCCAGCAAACUCUACGAACAGAUCUGUUCACGUGAAAGAUGACUUCACACAUUGCAUUUCUGAAACACAAACUAUAAAAUUCCAAAAGAGUCACCACUUGAGGAUGAGCAAUAGAACCAAAUCCGAUGAGCAAAUAUGUGAAUUUAAGGGUGGAGUUAAGCGUUUAACUGAAGAAGAAAAGUAUCAGAAGCUUUUCAGUGAACAUAAGAAAAUCACAGAUGAAUGGCAUAAAGGGCAAUCAAACAUACGUGGUCAAAACGUUCCAAAAAAUUCCUUUCAGUUAGAGCAUACGUGUGCAGCUAUAUUGGAGGUGGUGUGUGGUACUGAACAGACUACUGUGGGGCCAGGAGCUGUGGAAACAAAGUGUGCACCAACAGAGCAUCGUGAAAUACAAAGCCAGUGUCUGGAGUUCUUUUCUUCUAACACAGUAGACAAAUCAAGGCCUGAAGGAACAGUUAGGACGGUCUCAGGCCUUAAAAUAUCCACUGACACUGAAUUUCUCAGUAUAAUGACCUCCAGCCAGGUUGCUUUUUUAGCUCAAAGGAGGUAUAAAGGGCAGAAUUCUAUAGACAAAGGGACCAUAAACAUGGAACCAGAGGCAAGUCAUGGGGAAAUAAGAAUAACUGAAGAUAAUUUGUUUCAGCCCAAUGAUGAUUCUUCAGAAGGAUAUGAAGAUGGACAGGACCAAGCCGGUUCCCUUGAACUUUUUAGUCCUGUUUGUCCCGAAACAAAAAGUAGCCACGUUCUCUUACAUGCUGAUAAAGGUCUUGAAGAAAGUAUAGGACCUCAAGAACUUUUCAGUUUUGACAAUAAAUUACCACCAAAUGAGAUAUGCAUUGAGUCCUGUAGCGCAGGAAUACUGUGUUCCCAACUAAAUACCUUCCACAAAAGUUCCAUUAAAAGAAGGUGUACCUCUGAAGAUAAAUCAGGCCAUCCUCAAGCUCUAUCUGAAGUCCCCCACGUAGCUAAGAAAAUUAAGUUGAAAAUUAAUGAGAGGGAUCAUACUGUAACAGUGGACCAGAGGAAUGUGUCUGGAUUUAAGGGCAUUAAAAAAACAUCGUUAAUAAAAAACUGUGAUUCUGAAAGUCAGAAGUAUAAUUGUUUAGUCAUGGUGUUAUCUCCAUGUCAUGUGAAAGAAAUAAAUAUAAAAUCUGGACCAAAUUCUGGCUCUAAAGUGCCUUUAGCAACAGUUGUGGUAAUUGACCAAUCAGAAAUUAAGAAGAAGGUUUUUCUGUGGAGGACUGCAGCGUUUUGGGCACUUACAGUGUUUCUUGGAGAUAUAAUUUUACUCACGGAUUUUACGAUUCAUGAGGAUCGUUGGGUUGGUGAGACAAUACUACAAUCAACAUUUACCAGUCAGUUAUUAAAUCUUGGGAAUUAUUCCUCUGUCCAGCCUGAAGAAUAUUCCAGUAUGAUUAGUGGUGUUGUACUUCAAGACUUACUGGCAUAUGUGUCUUCAAAACAUUCCUAUCUCAGAGAUCUUCCUCUGAGGCAGCCUCAGAAAAUGAACAGUAUAGAAUUUGUAGAAUUGGAGGAGCUUCAGCCAGAUGUAUUAGUCCAUGCGGUUCUAAGAGUUGUUGAUAUCACUAUACUGACAGAGGCAUUAUACAGUUAUAGAGGACAGAAGCAAAGGAAAGUUAUGUUAACAGUGGAACAGGCCCAAGGUCAACAUUAUGUGCUUGUAUUAUGGGGUCCUGGAGCAGCCUGGUAUCCUCAACUUCAAAGGAAAAAAGAUUAUAUCUGGGAAUUUAAAUAUCUUUUUGUUCAGCACAAUUGCAUCCUAGAGAACCUAGAAUUGCAUACAACACCAUGGUCAUCCUGUGAGUGCCUGUUUGAUGAUGAUAUAAGGGCAAUUACAUUUAAAGCAAAAUUUCAAAAAAACACACCCUCCUUUGUGAAGAUGGCAGAUUUAGUGACACACCUAGAGGAAAAGCGUUCGGGAGUGAUUCUAAUCAAAGCCCAGAUUUUAGAGCUAACGUUUCCCAUUACAGCAGCUCAGAAGAUAACUCUCAAUGCUCACAGUUCUCUGAAGAGUAUUUUUUCUUCUCUUCCCAAUGUUAUAUACACUGGCUGUGCAAAAUGUGAAUUGGAACUAGAAACAGAUGAGAACAAGAUCUACAAACAAUGUUUUAGCUGCUUGCCAUUUAUUAUGAAGAAAACAUACUAUAGGCCAGCUUUAAUGACCAUAGUUGAUGGAAUAUAUAAGGUGUGCAUCCAUGUAGGAUCAAAGCUGAUAGAGAAGAUUCUUCUCAACAUCUCUCCUGACUGGCUCAACAGAAUUAUAGCUCCUCCCUCAGAUGUCACCUAUGGCCUGGUCGCCGCGGACCUGCUCCACGCCUUGCUGGCGGGCAGUGGGGCACCUUGUGUCCUGAAGGUGCAGAGCCACUUUGUGUUAGAUGAAAACAGCUAUCCGCUGCAACAGGAUUUCUCCCUCCUAGAUUUUUAUCCUGACAAUGUGAAACACGGAUCCCAUGCCCUUCUCUGAGACCAGAGGAAGAAACUCCACGCACUUCAAGGAAGAGCACAGAAAUGAUUUGUCUUUCGAAAUGAAUUUUGCUCAGGGUUUUAAAAUAAGGAUAUUUUAUAA